AUGGGGUUAUGUAAACCUGCAGAUUAUAAAGAAUCAGAAAGUGCAAAAAAUAAAAUAUAUGGUGUUUUACCUUAUAUUUCCCCUGAAAUUUUAAGAGGACAAAAUUAUACUAAAGCUUCUGAUAUUUAUAGUUUUGAAAUUUUAAAUCAAUGGUAUCGUGAAUUUAGCAAUCUAAUAGAAUUACAAAAACAAAUUAAAGAAGCAGAAGAAAUCAACCAUAGUUUAUCGACUAGCAGCAUACCUUUAACUAAUUUAGGAUUAACAUAUGAAACACAUUCUGAAGCUGUUUAUACAAGUAGAUUACUUAAUUUUAAUAAUCUUCCCGAACCAAAAAAUUCUGAUGAUUAUUAUGAUGAACGAAAUGAUAAUAUAAUUAGUGAAAAUUUUUCAGAAUCUCUACAAAUUAAUAUUUCACAAUUGAAAAUUAGUGAUGCAGAAGAAACAAAAAAUGUUGAAGAAAUGAUAGAAUAAGAAAUUGUAGUAA